GGUGAGGCGGAGGGCGAAAGAGAUGAGGGUGAAACGCCAAAGACAUGGCGAUCUGGUAAGAAAACCCCACGAGAUGGAAGACAAGGAUUCUUUGUCUCAUAUUGAUGUUGCUAGUUUCUUACAACAACCAGAUUAUGAGGCUUCUAUGGCUAAUCACUACAAACCUAAAUGUACAGAUAGGAGUCCAAAGGAAUCGAGAUAUGACAAUAUAAUUGCGCUUGGUUCUAUCAAUGGUAUGAAUUAUCACAUGCCUCUUAUUAAUAAACAACAACGAAAUGAGAAUUCAGAAAAUAAUCGCAACGCUGCUCAUGAAGAUUAUUCUAAUAAUGAUGAAGAAACGCGUAGAGUACCCUUGGAUAAGAGAGCGCACAGUCGCGUAAAUGCGUGCUCCAUGAAACAAAUGAAGUUUCCGUUUUUUUCCCAUAAGAAGACUGUGACACCAAAAUCGAAGAAGUCAAAAAAGAAGAAGACAUAUGUAAGUACAACAAACUACCCAGUAUUACAGAGUUCACUGGCCAAAUCGGCUAGUAUACAAUCGUUUAGUGAUAACGACAAGAUUAUAAAACGAUCGUACGAGGAGACAUUCUGUCCAUUGUGCAAAAGAAAACUCGGACCAAAACGUGGAAAUUCUGAGCUUAAAAAAAAAACUAAGAUAAUUCACAAUAGCAGGCAGUUUUACCAAAAUGCAGAAGAAGGAGCCAAAGCCAUAUCCAAUAAAAAUAUUCAAAAUGAAGUUACAGGCAAAAAUACUUUAGAUUCAGUAUCGCAUGGAGGGAACAGGUGGAAAAGAUUCGAUAGCGGUGAUGAAAGAGAAAAACAUUUAAAAGAAAUAGAAGAUAUUCAAAAUAAAGUAGACAAUAUGGACGUAAAUAAACUAGGCGCACCAGCAGAGACGCAUAAAGGAAGUAGCGAUAAAGAUAAAGAAAAAGAAAAAGAAAAAGAGGAAAUGAGAUAG